AUGACAAGCACUCAUAUCUUGAAUUUGUAUGAACUUUAUGUCUUACCCAACCUGAGCACCGUCAAGAACGACAAGAAAAAGUUGGCUUGUAUCGGUUCUGCUAUUGCCGCUACUUUGCUUUAUAGCCUUUACAGAAAGAUUUCUUUGCCUCCCGCCGGUAUUCGCGCUAUUCCUAGAGUCAACAUUUUUACUUAUAUGGCAUCCGUCCUUCGAGGUGAUGAUGCUCAUUAUCAGCUUAAGCACAUGUAUGCUCCUUUGAUUGCUAAAGCAAACGGUGUAUAUGUGAGACCCAAUCGUUGUGGUUGGUCCGUUUAUGUCGCUGACCCUGCCGAUAUCAGAUAUGUCUAUUCUAAAGCAGAAAUUUUCCCCAAGGCACCAAACUCUAUUGGUGAGCCCAACACUUUAUUAAGUGCUAUGAUUCGUAGUCCUAGUAUUGUCACCACAAUUGGCGAGAGUUGGAAGGUUCACAAGAAGGCUGCUCAUCCUGCUUUUUAUCGUGCUAUGCCCGUCAACCUCUUUGGAAGUUUAGUUCAACAAGUAUUCGGUGAAAUCGAGAAAGAAAACGGAACCAUCAACAUUUCUGGCUAUGUUGAAAGAUUUAGUUUUGAUGCCAUUACUGCUGCUGGAUUUGGCUACAAUGCCAACGCAAUUGGUGACAAGAACAGUGAAUGGGUUGGUUAUUAUACUGCUUUAUCCAAGGGAGCUUUCGAUCCAUUUUUCUUUUUGUUCCCCAUCUUUGAUACCACACUCCGAUGGAUGUUUCCCUCUCGUAUGCACCUUCAUAAGAUUUUGGAAGUCUUUUUAGGAAAGAUUACUCAAAUUAUUGUCGAUAAGCGUGAGAUGAUUGCUAAAGGUGGUGCUAGUUCUUUGGGUGAAAAUGAAAAGGAUCUCUGUACAUUAAUGAUUGAGGCUGAGGAAGGCGAAGGUGGUGUUUUAACAAAUGCUGAAAUGAUGAAUGAUCUUUUGACUUUUGUCUUUGCUGGACAUGAUACCACUGCAAACGCUAUGGCAUCUGCUAUGUAUUAUCUUGCUACCCAUAAAGACAUUCAACAAAAACUUCGUGAGGAAGUCAUUGAAUUCUUGGGUGAUGCUCCCGAAGAUGUUAUUCCUACCGUUGAACAAACAAAAACUAUGACCUAUUUAAACAUGGUGAUCAAAGAGACUCUCCGUAUUAUGGGUCCUGCCGUGUGGGGUCACCCCCGUAUUGCUGCUGAGGACACUGAACUUGGCGGAUUUUCCAUUCCUAAGGGUACAAUUAUUAUCACUGACGUUAUUGGUGUCCAACAUGAUGAAAGAAUCUGGGAGGAGCCUUACAAAUUUGACCCUGAGCGUUUCAACCCCGAUAUUGAGGACCCCACUAAGCGUACAACCAAUGCUUGGUUCCCAUUCGGUAGUGGCCAACGUCAAUGUAUUGGUUUGAACAUGACUAUGACCGAGCAACGUGUGGUUUUGGCCAUGAUGGUGAGAAAAUACGAAUUCUGUUUACCCAAGGACUCUAUUCAUAAGGAUGGUAUGAUCAUUGCAGGCAUGGAUCUUAUCGGCCCUAAAGAACUUGUUCUCGAUUUCACUAAGCGCUACUAG